AUGUCAGUUCUUGAAAGCUGGAAUGUUGGCUCCGCGACAAAAUCUCAUCUCAACAACACAUUGCUCAGUCGACUAGCAGUCGCAUUUAUAGUGUACCAAGUGAUUGCAGGAUGGUACAGAUACUACCGCUCCUGGGUAAAUCUCCCCGUUGUGGGGGCCAAAGGACUCAUUUCAUCUCGAAAGGAGGGGUGGCGAUGGGCUGAAAAUGGGAUGAGAAUUCUCCAAGAGGGAUAUGAAAAGUAUGGAGACUCUGCUUUCCAGUUUCGAACUGCACGACGGUGGGAGGUCUGUCUCUGCGAUGAUGCAUUGGUCAAAGAGUAUAUGAGUCUCAAUGAUGACUAUAUGUCACUUGAUGCUUUCAAUGAGAGAAUGUUUGAAACUAGGUACACUGCUCCUGGAUUCGCGCAUUCGCUUCAUCAUAUUCCUGUCCCUGUUCUGUCCAAGGCACUCGCAUGGUCGCGGGUGCGAACAUCCGGGAAAGAUGACCUCUACUUUCAGGAGCUUGUCGAUGAAUUGCAAUUUGCCCUUGGCUCUGAAAUCCCAGUCACUUCAAAUAGAGAUUGGCAGGAACUCAACUGCCUUCAUCUCGGACUUGGUCUGAUGCUGCGGCUGAUAUCCAAGGUACUUGUCGGGGAUCCCUUAUGCAGAGAUCCCGUGGCUGUCAACCUGUUUGUCAAAUAUGGCUCAGCAGUGCCGGUGAGCGGCCCGAAGAUCGCAUGGUUGCCAACAUUCCUCAAGCCAUUGCUUGGGCCAUACUUCGCUGCGUCACGUAUGCAUACCCAGCUUAGCAAGCUCGUUGCGCAGCAGAUCAGGCAGGCGGAGGGGAAGACUAAAGAACCACAAAAUAUCGGUGACUGGAUGUGGAAGUGGGUAGAAGAGGAAGCUGCCGGAGUGUAUAAUGAGAUCCAUGUCGCUCAACUGGUGAUUGCAGCCCUCUUUGGCUCCGUUCAUUCGGCUGGAAUGGUUCUUGCCACAUGCCUCUUUGAAAUCACCCUUCGACCAGAGUACAUCGAGCCACUACAGGAGGAGGCGAAGCGGGCUGAGCGACAGUUUGGCGUCCUGGGAAGGGAGGCCAUUGAAUCCAUGACCAAACUCGACAGCUUCAUCAAAGAGUGCCAACGAUAUAGGCCACUUGCUCCGGCUUCCCUGGUUCGAGUAGCCACACAAGACUAUACUUUCAAGAACGGUCUUACCAUCCCCAAGGGGACGUCUGUUCUAACACCAAAUCUACCUAUGCUUCGAGAUGAGCAGUACUAUGAUCGUCCUCAUGAGUUUGAUGGCUUUCGGUUCCAUCGACUCGGUCAAGCAACCGGCCGGCCGGACUCAUUCAAGAUUGCAGGACUGAGUCCCAAAUCGCGGCAGUUUGGCGAUGGCAGACACACAUGUCCUGGGAAGCAGUUAGCCGCCGAUAUGCUUCGACUCAUUUUGGCCCAUAUUUUGCUGAACUUUGAUAUUGCUGGGCUUGACACAAAACUCUCCUCGACAUAUCCCACAAUUGACCAACGUUUCAUUUUCAUCAGAAAGCGAGGGUAA